CCGGUUCCGCCAGGGCCCAGAGGCGGUGAUGAGGCUAAUGGCGGUGCCCUCGGAACUGGAUGGAGGGAGUCUUAAGGAGACCGCAGCGGAAGAGGAACCGCGAGUUCUGGAACCCGGCGCCGCCCCGUUCGGAAAUUUUCCUCAUUAUUCUCGCUUCCACCCUCCGGAGCAACGGCUCCGCCUCCUGCCCCCGGAGCUGCUUCGACAGCUCUUUCCUCAGAGUCCCGAGAACGGGCCGAUUCUGGGGCUCGACGUGGGGUGUAACUCCGGGGAUCUAAGUGUGGCUCUAUACAAACACUUCCUCUCCCUACCUGACGGGGAGACCUGCUCAGAUGCCUCAAGAGAACUCCGGCUCCUCUGCUGUGACAUAGAUCCAGUCCUGGUGAAGCGAGCCGAAAAAGAAUGUCCUUUUCCUGAUGCCUUGACCUUUAUUACCCUGGACUUCAUGAAUCAAAGGAAAAGGAAGGUUCUCUUGAGCUCUUUCUUAAGCCAAUUUGGACGUUCAGUUUUUGACAUUGGCUUCUGUAUGUCAAUAACCAUGUGGAUUCAUCUGAACCACGGAGACCAUGGCCUGUGGGAGUUCCUGGCCCAUCUUUCCUCCCUCUGCCACUACCUCCUUGUGGAGCCCCAACCCUGGAAGUGUUACCGGGCAGCUGCAAGGCGUCUCCGAAAGCUGGGACUCCAUGAUUUUGACCACUUCCACUCCCUUGCCAUCCGAGGUGAUAUGACCAAUCAGAUUGUGCAGAUCUUGACCCAGGAUCAUGGCAUGGAAUUAAUAUGUUGCUUUGGCAACACCAGUUGGGACAGAAGCCUUCUGUUCUUCAGGGCAAAACAAACCAUAGAGACUCAUCCAAUCCCUGAAUCACUGAUAGAAAGAGGGAAAGAAAAGAACAGAUUAUGAUUCCAGAAGCAGUGAGAUGGGAGGGCAAGAAGACCAAGAAAGAGAUACUGAAAGAGUUUUAUAUUGAGAAUUAUGUUCAUUCUCCUUAACUCCUUAACAAUCAGGCAGCCUCAAAACCUGGCAGGAGCUUUUGGUAAAAUGUCCAAGGCAUAUAAUUCAAAGAAUCGGUAUCUGUUCCCCAUUGUUUGGAACAAAUCUUGUGGAGAAUGAAUCUGUGGAGUGGUGAGCUAGGGUAUCUGGAUUGGGAUGGCCUAGGAAAAGUGGUCCUAGUUAUGGGUUAUGGAGGGGGCUGCUUUGGGGGAUUAUUUAUAAAGAUAAAACUAGGCUAGUCUUAAAAUAUAUCAGUUCCUGGGCUCUCUGAAUCUUACCUGGUUUCUUCAGGCUUCUGGACUUGCUAGGCCUGACUUUGGGCAAAACCUUAGUAAUUCAGGUUUGGAAUGUGGCUUAGGAAUCUAUUUUCUGCCGGGCGCGGUGGCUCAAGCCUGUAAUCCCAGCACUUUGGGAGGCCGAGACGGGUGGAUCAUGAGGUCAGGAGAUCGAGACCAUCCUGGCUAACACGGUGAAACCCCGUCUCUACUAAAAAGUACAAAAAACUAGCCGGGCGAGGUGGCGAGCGCCCGUAGUCCCAGCUACUCGGGAGGCUGAGCCAGGAGAAUGGCGUAAACCCGGGAGGCGGAGCUUGCAGUGAGCAGAGAUCCGGCCACCGCACCCCAGCCUGGGUGACAGAGCGAGACUCCGUCUCAAAAAAAAAAAAAAGGAAUCUAUUUUCUGUUUUUUGUUUGUGCAUUUUUCUAUUAUAGUAAUAUAUACAUAAAAUUUACCAUUUUAACCGUUUUUAAGUAUAGUUUUUCAGAACAUGUGGAAAUCCCAUCCAAAACUGGAUUAAAAAUUAAAAGAUAAAUAAUUUUUUAAAAAGUAUACAAUUUUUGGCCGGGCGCGGUGGCUCAAGCCUGUAAUCCCAGCACUUUGGGAGGCCGAGACGGGCGGAUCACAAGGUCAGGAGAUCGAGACCAUCCUGGCUAACACGGCGAAAGCCCGUCUCUACUAAAAAAAACACAAAAAAUUAGCCGGGCGAGGUGGCGGCGCCUGUGGUCCCAGCUACUCGGGAGGCUGAGGCAGGAGAAUGGCGGGAACCCGGGAGGCAGAGCUUGCAGUGAGCUGAGAUCUGGCCACUGCACUCCAGCCUGGGCGACAGAGCGAGACUCCGUCUCAAAAAAAAAAAAAAAAAGUAUACAAUUUUUGUGACAUUAAGUACAUUAACAAUGAGGCAUCUGUUUUUAACAGCUCCCCCAGAUGAUUCUGAGGCAAGCAGAGGUAGACCAUACUUUGAGUGCUUAUGGUUCCAUUCAGCCCUCCUCUAUGUAUUUUUCCUGGUAUGAGUUCUUCCCUGUGACUUUAACAACUACCUGCAUGCUUAUGGUCCCCAAAUAUAUUGGUAGCCCUACAUCCACAGUCCCAGACUAGCAUUUUUCCUGUUUUGUCAUUAUAUCCCUUAGUUCUUAGGUACAUCAGAUUCAACAUAUCUCAAAAGCAAGCUCAUUACAGUAUUCAUUGCUUACGCUAGAAACCUCAGUUGAUUUUCUCACUUACAUUCCCCACAUUUAAAUGCUCACAAAGUCCAGCAGCAAAUUCUAUCAAUUACAUGUACGUUUCAUUCCAUCCAUGUGUCCAGUGCCUGGUGGGGGGUUCCUAUAUUAAAGUCAUCUACCUUACAAUCCA